UCGAAAUGUCAAGUGAUUGCGAUAACGAUAUGUGAUCAAGUGAAUUGACUAUAACUUUUGAGUAUCGACUAAUAUUAUUCUGAAAAAAAAAUAAGGACUAUGUUUAUUAUUCUUGCUUGAACAUAAUCUUUUAUACUAAAGUGAUAUAGUGAACAAGAGUAUUGUGUCUUAAUUAGCUAUAUUUAAGAAGAGCUUAGUUGGUGUAAAAGUGAUUGGACGAUUGGACGUUUUUGUAGGCCUUCACAUAUUACUUAGUUAUUUUCUAGGACUAAUCUUAAUUUAAAUAUGACGGCAGAGGAUGAAGAUACGACUUGGUUGAUUGAGCUAGAAUCUGCGCUUUUAGAUGGUUGCUCAGCACAAGAAAUUAAUCUUAUUACAAAAGGUAAAAAAAUUCCCGAUAGCCUCAGAGCAGAUGUUUGGCUGUUAUGUCUAAAUUGUCAAGAUAGUGGUAAUCAAUUGCUUUUGUUUGAUGAAAUAUUUGAUUUAGCAAAUCAAAAUGAGCUUCGAGACGAUGUUAAAAAAUUUGUCAAAAAACUUGAUAAUGAUGAUGAUGAAAAGCUCUCUGUCAUAUCAGAUAUUGAAUCAAUCAUAACAUUCUAUUGUAAAUCUAAAUCAAUUAAUUACAGCUGUAAUAAUGGAUUAGUUGAGAUAUUAUAUCCACUUCUAAGUUUAAAAUUGCCAAGAUCUGAUACUUAUAAUUUAUUUGAAAUGAUUUUAAAAUUAUACAUUCCAAAUGGUUGUGUGCCCAAUGGUGUACCAUUCCACAUAUUGAGAUUGAUUAUACAAUAUCAUGAUCCUGAACUUUGUUCAUUUUUGGACACAAAGCGCAUCACUCCAGAACAAUAUUGCAUGCCUUGGCUUCGAUCCCUUUUUGCUGGCACCUGCAACUUAGAAGUUGUUCUCUUCAUGUGGGACUUAUAUUUCCAAAGGUCUGAUCCAUUCUUUAUUUUCUUUUUGUGUCUUAUUAUGAUUAUUAAUGCGAGGGAACAGUUAUUACAAAUGAAAGAUGAGGAUAAGACAACUAUAAUUGAAACUUUAAGAAAAAUGCCAGGUGAUUUAGAAGCAAAUGAUGUCUCUGACUUCUGUUCUUUAGCUCAUUACUAUUCUUUGAAGACACCUGUGUCCUUCCGAGAGGAUGUUUUAGAAGUACUAUUUUCUGAGAGUGGCCUGGAAAUCAAUUCAAAAUUAUAUUCUCAAGCGUUAUGUCUUCCUUUGGCUGUCCAUGAACUUAUUGAGAGUGCAACUGUUGAUGCAGUGGACUCUGACACUGUCAAAUUCUUUUUAGUUGACUGUCGGCCAGCAGAACAGUAUAAUGCAGGUCACCUUUCUACCGCUUUUCAUUUGGAUUGCAACCUUAUGUUACAAGAGCCUAAUGCUUUCAACACUGCUGUUCAGGGAUUGCUAAAUGCACAACGCCAGGCAUUGGCCGCUGGUUCCCUUGCAGCUGGAGAACAUUUGUGUUUUGUUGGUUCUGGUAGAACUGAAGAAGAUAGCUAUGCUCAUAUGGUGGUGGCUUCCUUUCUUAAAAGAAAUAUAAAGCAUGUUUCUAUGCUUGAUGGAGGUUUUGUUGCUAUACAUGAUUACUUUGGGCCACAUAUGACAGAUUGCUUAGAGGAUCAUAAUCCAGCUACAUGUUUGGUAUGUGCUCCUAAUAAUAACAAUUUAGGAAAAGAAGUGAGAAAAUCCAAACGACGCGAUAAUAUUCCAGCUAUACAACUAUUCAGCAAAUUGUCGUCAGCAAUGAAGGCAAAAAGUCAAGAGGUAAAAGGAAAACUAAUUGAAUAUAUUGUCAAUCCUAAUUCAGCAGCUAAUAUAAGUGAGUGGCAUGUUUCUGCAACCGAUAGGAAAGAGAAUAGAUAUAGAAAUGUUCCUCCAGUAUUCAGUAUCAAUGAUGAAGAGGAGGAUGACUAUUCCGAUAUGAGACGUGAUGCUGUAAGCAGUGAAAUGAUGGAUGAGGUCAUAGAUGUUCAGUCAUUCCUUAAAAACCCAAAUGUAAUUGAUAGUUUUCAAUGUCAGGAAGUAUUAUACAAUGGACAUAUGUAUGAUUCAUAUCUAGUGAUAACGGAAACUCAUUUGAUAAUUUUACGUGAAAUUCCUAAUAAAAAAGGCCAAGCAAAGGUGUUAUCAAGGAGGUUACUCUCAACUAUUGUUAAAAUCACUGCAAAAAAGAGACAUCCUGAGCUAAUUACUUUUAAGUAUGGUGUCCCUGAUGGUGACAAUUUGCUUAUUAAAGAUAUGGACAGGUUUCUAAUUCCAAAUGCAUCUUUAGCUACUAAAGUUGUAUCAAAUCAAAUAGUCACACAGCUAGAUAAUAAACUAUAAACAAGUUAACAUAUUGAUUAGUAUUGACUAGUAAAUUUUCUUAAGUAGUUUACAAAGUCAUUCUUGUAGUGUCUUAUGUAAAGAUAAUGAUAAUAAAACUUAAAAUAACAUAUAUAUCACAUUAUGCUUAUGAGCACGGGAAAAUCUUGAUAGUCAGGUAUUAUUCUUUUUAUAAAUAAAAAUAAGGAUAAAUUAUAAAUGCUAAUUAUGUCCACAUAAGUUGGUUAUCAUUAUACCUACUUAUUGAAAUGUGAUAUGGACAAUCAGUUUAUAAAAAUAUAUUUCCUAUGUUCAAGAUUGUGUACCUGACGUAAUUAACAUUUAAAUUUCAAUAAAUAAAGAAACAUCCCUUUUUAAUUUUAUUCUUUUUGAAAAAGUAAUUUUUUUUUUGGUAAAGAAAUAUUGAUAUUUACUCAUAUUUCUUCAUAAAUUAUGAGUAAAGAUGCUAAAAAAUAUGGAGCAUGUUUUAAUAUAGGAAUAAUUAAAAACUUGCCAUGAUUAAGAAUAAUAAGUUAUAUUGUUUCUUAGAUAUCCAAGUGUAUGUCAAAUUAAAUAGGCACUUUCUUACUUAUUUGUGCGUAUUAGACACAUUUUAGAAAUUAAAAUUUUCCUUUGUGUAAAUAUUUUGCAAUAAUUUUGUGUAAAUUAUUUAAAAUUAUUUAUUGCUAUUUAAAAUGCACUCUAUUCCAUUGAACUUGAAAAAGUCCAUAAAAUAUCAUUAAAUACAUUUAUUGUCUGCCCAAAUUUUAUUUGUAUUUACUAUUAUAUACAAAAUAAAUAUAAAAUAAUCCUCAGGAAAUUUGAAGUACACAACAUGUGUUUUUUGAUAUCAAAAUCAUUUGCACUGAUGCAUGUAAUGAGUUAAAUUAAGAAAUUUUAAUUUAUGUUGAAAAAUUAUGAUGUAGAGAUCAACAAGUAAAUCUAAUAUUUAAUAUUAAGUGUGUCACUAUUAAGAAAUAUUAUAAGUAAGUAAUUAAUCCAAUCGAGACUUAUAAGGGUUAUAACACACCUUUAAUUUGCUUUUGUACCUGUAAAACAAUGUAUGAAUAUUAUUUUAUAUAAUUUCGUGAGUAUUGCGAGUACAAUAACAAUUUAAAUUACAUAUAGAUUAUUGUUCUAACUAUUAAACAUAUUGAGUAUUGGUCAAUGAUUAUGUUUUGAAAAAUUUAAUCAUUCAUUUUGUGUACCUUAGUAUAAGUGUUGCUUAUCACUACAAAACCAUCACUUCUUUGGCCUGAAAUUUUACAAAAAUGUAAAUUGAUUGUAAAUUACUUUACUGCUGUAAUGCUAGGAAAUAUUAGAUUACAAAAUAUUAUUUAAUAAGAUUUUUAAGUUUGUUGUUGUCAAUAGUUGUAUCAAUAUUUCAUUAAUUAUUUAAAUUAAAAUGUUGUUUAUUUACUAAUAUUAAUUUUAUUUUUUUCUUUUGUUAAUCCAUGGAGUUCAAUAGUUUGACUAUCAAACAAGUAAAACUAGUUUAUUUUUAGGUAGAAAUUUGAACAUAUAAAUAAUUUCCUUUGUUAUUCUUGGAUUAAUUUGUAAGAUAUUAUGCUUCCUACUUAAACAUGGAAGUAACAUUCAAUCGAAGUUUUAUUUUGUUCAUUAUAUUCUUUUGUCUGCUAGUCGCGUGUUGAAACUUCACGUGCUUAGCACUUAGCAGUAGACCAUAGAUAAAGUAAUGCAUUCAUUUAACAUUUUCUUUGCAUAGAGAUUAUAUAGCAGAGUGAUUUCAAUAAAGAAAUUUUAAUGUGUGUACCAAUUUCAUUAGGUAUGUGAUGUUUUUCAACAUGGUGUGAUAUUAUAUUAAAAUUAUUUUAAAUAUAUUUUGAAGAUAGUAUUAGUAGAAUAUGAAUAAAAUU